UUGACCGAUCCGGACGAAAUACGGUGCGAUAUCCUGAAAAAAAAGUGACUGACGGUUGGGAGCAGUUUUGUAAUAGUUCUGGGGGAAGAUUGCUGAAACUGAGAACCUGUGAUGGAAUUUAAACAGGAUUGAUAUCUCUUGUGUGGUGCACUAAUGUAAAUCAGGAUUAAGUGGAUUAACACAGCCCAGCAUGAACACCUUAACGCAGAACAUCAGCCCGAUUCAUUCCAAUCUGGUACGAUUGCAGGAAAGCACGACCGCAUCGUCCUUAGUCCUAGACUCCCCGAGCUCGUCGAAAUCAUCCCCCACGACUGUUGUCCUGGCUGCCAGCGGGGGUGACAAUCGAACAAACGGCAGCACGCUGAUAGUCGCUGGCAACAGCACUGCCGAAGAGGCCCAAGCAAAUGACUUUCUCUCCACCUCGCUGUCGUCUCCAGCAUCGGCGGCCUAUCUCCUGCAGCAUCACCAUCACCACCUCCAUCAUCAUCAUCCUCAUCCACAUCACGGUCAACACCAACAACAGCUAAUACAGCAACAUCAGCAGCAGCAAUUGCAGCAACAGCAGGACCUAGUCCACAACCAUCUCAGUAGCAAUGGUCAUCAUCACCAUGGGAACGGAAAUACCAGCGGCAACACUACGGCCAGCACUACCACUAAUAGUAAACGAAGUAUAGCAUCCCCGCCUACUUCGAUAUCCGGAACGAGCCUCACCACGGCAUCCACGACCUCGUCCUCGUCGGCGUCGGCGUCGGUCACUACGCUUUCCCAUGUGAAUCCUUUUCACCACAGCACUUCCUCGGCGCUGCACAAUGAUUACUAUUCCGAGUACCGUCUGGGGACCGAAUAUCGGCUGAACUCACACCACCCCCAUCCCCAUCCGCGGGACCUGUGGACGGCUGCAGCGGCCGUCGCUUCACAUGAUAGCAGCAUCCUAGACGAGACCUGUGAUAGCUACGGCUUGCGGCAUUCAGGUAAAACCCUCAGAAACGAACGCUCGGCAUUCUUCGAUUUCGCGACAACCCCUUCGACGCACCCUGCAGCGGCCGCCGCCUACUGCUAUCGCCUGUCGACGCCACCCCAACUGGUGAAACGCGAACCAAGCGACGUAGCGGCAUGGCACACCUACUCUGAGCGGAUGUUCUCCGACCCGCUGUAUACCUCUCUGAAGCUUCAAAGCCAGCAAUCCUCCUCACCACAGCUGGCGCAGCAUUCUAUCUUUCCGGACUCCACAUCGCAUCUGGCUUCAGCGUUGGAGCACACGCCUUGUCUUACCGCUGCUCAUCCCAACGAGGCCACCGAGAGCUUCCUGCAUCAAGGCUACACCUAUCGUCAAUCGUCCGACAUUGUUACCUCGUCUGAACCGGACUACUGUUCUACGGCCGGUGGAUCUUCGGCCCUGACGAGUAUAACCACGACGAAUCCGUCUCCUCUGAAUGCUCUUCCGGGACCCAAUGGGCCACUUCAUCAACGGAGAGGAUCUCUUCAGCUAUGGCAAUUCCUGGUAGCGCUUCUGGAUGAGCCUGCUUCCAGUGCGGGAUGCAUUGCCUGGACUGGACGCGGCAUGGAGUUCAAAUUGGUGGAACCAGAAGAAGUGGCCCGGCGUUGGGGUAUCCAGAAAAACCGUCCCGCCAUGAACUACGACAAGUUGUCCCGAAGUCUACGGUAUUACUAUGAGAAAGGAAUCAUGCAGAAGGUCGCCGGCGAACGGUACGUUUACAAGUUCGUUUGUGAUCCAGAGGCUCUCUUCAAUAUGGCGUAUGGGACAACUGGCGCUGGUGGGGCUGGGUGUGGCUCAACGCUAGAUGCCAAUCUGCAUUCUCAUCAUCAACAUCAUCACCAGCAACAGCAACAAGGCAGUUCCUCUUCGCCAAGUUGUCAGGGUCAAGGGCAAUCUACGCUCGGCGAUGCUGGUGACGAUACGGACCGUGGCUCAUACUUUACUACCGGUUCUUCGGCGUAUAGUCACGGAAACUGAACUAGCUUUGAUGGUUUCUAGCAGAUGAGAUCAAAAAAGGGUAUUGUGUUGUAAUCAAUGGUACACUAAGUCAUACAAGGAAAUACAUAGAUUUUCCUAUUGAACUUAGUUACUCAACUAUCCAUGCAAAGGAUGAAAGUUUAAAAGAAUAAUAAUAAUUGA